AUGGAUUAUCAGCACGAGAGUAAACUACUAUUGGCUAUAGUAGAACGAGGGACUGCUGAGCAACUUUUUACAUUUCUACAAGGAUUUCAUCGAAAACCUUUUCAAAAUCUCAAUGAUGUUAUAACAUAUAAUGGAGUUAUUGAUGAUCAAAUUGAUUUUAUUGAUUGUACAGGUACAAAAUAUAAUAUAACACCAUUGAUCAUCACUGCAGGAAAAGGUUCAUAUGAAAAAACAAAAAUUCUUCUUGUUCACGGAGCUAAUCCAAAUAAACAAUGUGCAACAGGUGAUACAGCAUUAAAUCUAGCUAUUCAUCGUCAGAAAUAUGUUAUUGUGGAAUUACUUCUUCAAUAUUGUGCGAAUCCAAAUUUAUAUAAUCAAUUCGGUAAAACCGCAUUGCAUCGUGCUGUUGUAUCAUAUACUAAUGAAAAUAUCGAUCAUUUUCAAACAUUACUUGAUGCUGGAGCUGAUCCAAAUAUUCAAGAUCGAAAUCAACGAUUACCACUUGAUGAAGCUGUCAUCGCCAAUAAACCAGAUAUGAUGGAAGUUUUAUUAUCUCAUGAUCGAACAUUAGUUCAACGAGCAUAUCGAGCAGCUAUUAUUGCUUCUCGUCUUGGUCAUAAUAAAUGUUUGAUAACAUUAUUUAAUCAUGGAAUGGAUCCAAAUAUCACCGAUCAAACACAGACAACACCACUUCAUGUUGCAGUUCGCUCAUUAAAAUUAUCUACUGUUCAACUUUUGAUUGCAAAUGGUGCUAAUCAAAAUAUAGCAAAUAAUCGAUAUGAAACAGCUUUGAGUAUAGCUGAACAAAUACAUCCAGAUCAACGACAAAAUUUUAUGAAUAUUCUUGUUGAUACACCACCAACAACAUCAUUGAAAUCGCAUACAAGUACAAUAGGUAAAAAUAUAGAAAAUAUUCCUUCGAAUAUUUAUCCAUUACUUCAUAAUCAUAAAAAUUGGACAAUGGAAACUGAUGAAUAUCGAAGUCAAACAGCUGAAACUUCUUCUGUACAAAAUUUGCUUGAUAUUUCUAAUCAAACAUAUUGGUGUUCCACGCAGUCUAACAAUGCAUGGGUUAUAUAUGAUUUCAAACAUGAACAUAAUAUCAAUGGGAUUCGAAUAAAUGGAUGUGGUAAUCCUUCAACACCAAAAAAUGGUCAUAUUGAUGUAUCAAAUGCUUUGAAUGGUCCAUGGCUUAAAGUCAAAGAUUUUACUUGUUUACCUUCAGAAGAAAAUAAGAAUGAUUUCUUUUGUCCCUCAUUAAUAACUCGAUUUAUUCGAGUUUUUAUUUUGGAUAAUUACGGUGGUGAUGAUAUUCGUAUACAAGGCAUCGCUUUUUUUGGCGUUGAUAUGCGUUUAGUUAAUCUAUUACAAGAAUAUGGAUUGGAAAACAAGCUUAAUACAUUGUUAAGGAAUGGUAUAAAUGAUCCGGAAACAUUAGAUGAAAAUCGAGAUGAAAUUUUAAAUUCAUCUGAUAAAUAUUUACAUGUCAAUGAUCAUUUUCAAUUAAUACAUUUAACCGAAUCAUUAAAAUCACCUCAAUUGACUUUUCUUGAAUGGCAUAAUCCACCUCAAACAACUGUAAUUGCCGGUGAAAAAUUACAAACAUUCAGUGUUGUUGGUGAUGAAGGCAUUACAGAUCGUGUUAAAUUGGAAGAACAACGUAAUAUAACAUAUAUUCAUCAUCACAAUGAUUUUCCUUUUUCUUCAGUUGAAAAUAAUUCACAAACAACAACGAUACUUAUGAAAGACCUUGAACCAAUUCAAGGCCGGUCAUUAGUAGACUUUCCUGAUUAUAUUAUUAAAUAUCCUGGAAGAUAUAAAAUUCGAGUUGUUAGUAUCGAAUCGCCUAAUAUUCACACAUCCUGGCAAGAAAUUAUUGUCGAUCCACCAUAUUAUUUUUCAUUAACGAAAAAUUCGUAUACAACAGUCAAUUCACAAAUGUCUUAUAAUCCGCAAAAUAUAAAUAACCAUGAACAUUUUCAUCCGCUACCAAGUACUGAUGAAGAUGAUAAUGACUGUGAUAGUCAUUAUAAUUCUAGAUUAAGAAAAAAAAAAAUUUUGACACCAUCAAAAUAUCGUUCUGGAGCUCGUACACCAUUAUCAAAUAUUUCUCCAACAAAUAAUUUCGAUAAUGAAAGCGAACAAAGCGACGAAGAAGAGCCCAUAUAUGUACCAAGAUGUUUAACACCAACUAAAUAUCGACGUGAAAGCAUACGUAACGACGCGUUACAUAAACACGAAAACAUCGUUCAUUCACAACAGUAUGGAACUCAUGACUCACAAUUUCAAAAUCCGAAUCAAUGGGAACGACAACACCAACUAUCAACGUCACAACGAUUCGACGUUACAACACCACCGCCACAAGAUCAGAGACCUUAUGAACGACAACGUUCACCACACGAACAAAACGGUUCAUAUUCACAUGUGCCACUUGCAACUCGGCCAGCACCACCACUACCACCACCACGAAAUGAAUACAUCGGACGAACACCAUCACAAGAGCGAAGUGAUUCAGUAUCACAGGCACCACUAAAUACUCGACCAUCAUCACACUCGCACUAUGAACCACGUCACGAACCGCAAACGACAACGCGAGAACGAAAUGAAUACACAGGACAAACACCAUCACAAGAGCGAAGUGAUUCAGUAUCACAGGUACCACUAAAUACUCGACCACUAUCACACUCACCAUAUGAACCGCGUUACGAACAGAAAACGACAACGCAAGAACGAAAUGAUUCAAUAUCAAAAAGACCACCAGCUAUUGAUAAUACUGAUCAAGAUCAUUUGAAACCAUUUCUUAAUCAAUAUAAACUCAUCUCAGGUGAUAUGGAAUUCAUUCAAAAUUUAUCCAAUCAUGGUUCACAUACCGAUGAAUAUAAUCCUGAACAAAUGCAAUUCAUAUUUAAAGGUACUGUUCAAGGUUCUGCAGUACAAGAACGUGCAAGACAAUCUAUGCAAGAUAUAGCAGGAAAUCAAAGUCGUACUCCUACAUUAUCUAAUAAUAUUGAUCAAAAUCAAUCACAUCCUUCCAAAAAAAGUGCUCUAUCAGCAGCUGAUGCAGAUCAACUAAAUCAAAAUACAACAUUCCUAGAUGAUGGUCAAAGUAAACUUAAAGGAGAAUCAGACCGAAGAGCAGGAUUGAAUUCUACUUCAAUGACUAACCGUUUACCAUCAGCAAUGGCACCAGACAGCGAUGAUGAUACAUAUUCAGUUCCAUCAAAUAAUCAACAGAAGAAUCAAUCAGUUUCAUUCAAUGAACAUGCACCAUCAGAUCAAAUUACAAGUAAACCAAACAAACAUGCAGAUGGAGAAUUUCCCCAGUCAUACUAUCCGUCUUCUUCAAUUCAUACCUCUUCUAAGCAGCAUGUCAAUCAUGCGCCAGAUCCAAAAAAAUAUUUUUUUGGUUCAUCUACUAAACAUCAAUUAUCAGACAACAAUAGCGAUAGUGAUGAAGAGAGCAUAGCUAUUGGGCAUAGUCAUCAAGAUUUACUCGCAAAUUCAAAUACACAGCCUAGUCGUAAUUAUCCGGGCAAUACAUAUCAUGAAUAUAUACAUGAUGACACAAAUACUGAUGAUGGUCGGUUUGCACAACAAAGCGAUGUUGCAACAACAACUAAUGAUACACCAACUAAUACUACUACUCGUCGUUAUAUGAACCUUUCCAAUGGUACAAAUGAAAAUAUUACAAAUUCUAUUAUAUUAUCAAAUCGAAUUCCACCUCAAUAUCAUGCUAAUAAUAAUUAUUCUAAGACAGAUAUUAGCAGUACUAUACAACCGAAUCGAUCAUCAGAAAGAUAUGAACAAAUUCAAAAUAAUGAAAAUCAGGAACCUUAUGAAAUGGAUAAUAAUUUUGCAAUUGGUAGUGAUGAUCCUACAUAUCGUAAUGAUAUUAACGUUAAUGGCAAUGACAUAGAUGAUUACGAUAUAAGUACUUCGGUACAUCGUCCACCACAAGUUGAUGGUUUGGUAAGACCAAAUCCAGUUUAUCCCGCAUCAAAAGAAACGGAAUCAAACGAAUCUAUGACUCAAUCUUAUUCAUCAACAGCUCCCGUGAAAUCCAACAAAAAAGAAAAACAAGGAUUCAUAUCUAAAAUACUCGGUAAAAAGCCGCUUGAGAUAACUCUACCAACAGGAGAGGGACGAAAUUUGUAUACUCAUGGUAUUAUACAGCUUAGACCACAUUCGCCACCAACAACUGAUAUCACUGAUGAGAUAACUAAACAAGACUCAUUUGAUAAACGAUAUACAUCUUUUCAUACGCCAGAUCCAUAUUUAUAUAAUUUGCGUGACACUUACGAAGGAAACGAAGAAAAUUUAGAUCCAAUGCCUGAUACACAACAAUACAAUCGUUCAGCUAAAGCAGGACAACAAAUAGUUGCAAAGAAUCAUCGUACUCAAACAGAAAUAAGAUCAACACGAAAUGUCGGCACAAUGUGUGAACUUAGUAAAGCAAAUAUUGUUAAUAAUGGAAUACUAUCACAACAAUAUAAAACACAUCGUCCGGAAAAACUUCAUCAACACACAGUACAUGAUCCAAUGAUCAAUGGACAUGACAAUCUACAUCAAACAACAUCUUCCAGUCAUCAACACCAGCCAUCAAAUUCAUCAAAAUAUGAUCCAAUGAUCAAUGGACAUGACAAACUACAACAAACAACAUCUUCCAGUCAUCAACACCAGCCAUCACAUUCAUCAAAAUAUGAUUCAAUGACCAAUGGACAUGGCAAUCUACAACAAACAACAUCUUCCACUCAUCAACACCAGCCAUCAAAUUCAUCAAAAUAUGAUCCAGUGAUCAAUGGACAUGACAAAAUACAACAAACAACAUCUUCCAGUCAUCAACACCCGCGAUCACGUUCAUCAGAAUAUGAUCCAUACAUUUUUGGUCAAUUAAACAUAAUAGAAGACAAUAAUCUAAAUCCAACUCCUUAUUCACAAAAUCAACAAUAUCCCCCUCGACCAAGUCGUCGAAGUCCUCCACGAACACCACCAUCAUCACAAAUUCGACCCUUAUCACCUCCCCAACGAUCACAUUCUUCAUCAUUUUCAAAUAAUAAACCGUCUCCACGUAAAACAAAACCUCGAACACCAACAGCCACAAUUGAAACUGAUACUAGUCUUGAUGGUAUGAAACAUCCAGUUCAUGUCGGUGUUCAAUCAGAUCCACCAUCAACAAAACAUAAAAGAACAUCAAUUCACGCAGAAGAACUACCGCUACCUCAAAAUAUCUAUCCAACGACUACCCAUCCAAAACGAACAAAUUCAUCCUCAACACAAAAUCAAGACAACCUCAUAGACGUACAAAUUGUAUCACCAAAACAAAAAGAUGAUCAAAAUCGAACUCCAACGAAAGGUCAUCUUACUAAUUAUGAAGAAAAAAAAACACCAAAAGGUAAAAAAUUACUUUUAUAUAACUAUAAUCUUGUUUAUAAUCAACUUACAAUAUAUUUUUCAGAUACAAAUAAGAAUAAUUAUAAUCAAUAUGAAGAUAUCCCCUUCGAACAAGUACCAAAUAAAAAAGAAAAACCAUAUGUUUUACGCCAUAGUUAUAUCCAAGAAUUACCGAGCAGUUCUACAACGUUAAUACCAACAGAUGUUGUUCAUCAUUCUAGUACAUCUCAUCAAAAUCAAAAAGCUCCAGCACGUCCCCAACCAAUUCAUUAUGCUGAACAGAAACAAAUACCACCUGUGACAGAGCCGCGUCCACUUCAUUUUGGUACUCAAAAUAUUAUUACACAUCCACCAAAUAAUGAAGUUGCAACUCCAAUUGAAAAAGAAAUUAUUUAUGAACGAAAUCGUAGUUUUACAUUCAAUAAUCAUGAGAAUUCAAAUUCUAAAAAGAGACCAUUAUUUUUAAUGCCUGUAAUCAAUUCAUCACGAACAUAUGUUGUUGAAAAACAAACACCACCUGAUAAUACUAUUAGAAAAUCACGAAUAAAUAGAAAUUUUUUCUUAGCAAAUCCACCAACAUUACGUCCAUUGAGAAAAACAUAUCAAAGUGUUGAUUCUGGAAUUGAUCAAUCAGCACAUAUUCAUGAUUCGAAUGAUUUUUUUGGACAAAAUUUAGGAACACAAGUUGUUUAA